AUGCUCGGCCGCCGUGCUCUUCCUCGAUUCAACAAUGCGCUGAAAACCCUAUCGCGCAAUGCAUCGAGCUCGACAACACCCGCUGUAAAGUCUGCCGAGGCGUCCGUCAAGAAAGUCGCAGAGGCAGGACCCGUGACGCUCCAGCAAGCACCCAACUACCCCACCACCUGGUCGACCAACCAGGCUCCCCGUCCUGGACCUGGUUCGGGUCCUCGCUUUGAGCAAACUGCGAUGGAAUUUCAGCCUGCCCCACUGAGUGCGAUGGAACUUAUCGCGAAGGAGCCUAUACGCCUGGUGCAGGGACGAAAAGCGGUUUGCGACGGAGGUGUGUCUUCUUCCUCUUUCUCCUUGCGCGUUCCGAUGUCUCUGUCUAUGGACCGGAAUUGGCUCGGAAUUGAACCCGCUUGCUGA